UGUUUCAAAAUCGAAAACAUAUAAAAUCAUAACAUAUUUUUAUAGUUUUGUGGAUUUGAAUUUUUGAGGACUUUCAUAACUAUGGAUCCCAACGUUAAAGACCAACAGAUUGCACGUCUAAUUGGAGAAGAACAAAUGGAUGAGGAGGAACAAUCUCUCGGACCUAUGCAAUGUGUUAAGCCACGGGAAGAUAUAAUGUCUCUGCCCGCACGUGAAUAUUUGGAUCUCAUGGUUACUCCAGUUUUAAUUGAGGGAUUAAAGGCUCUUGAUCAUGAAGGACCAGAAGAUCCCAUCUCAUUUUUAGCUGCAUAUCUACUGAAAAAUAGACGCCGUGCAAAUGAGGUCGUAGCUCCACCUGAUAUGUAAAUUGAUGUCGAAUUUCGGAUAUUAAUCAAGUCGAUAAAUUAAAUGA